GCUUCGUGGUCCGUGAGAAAUUUGCAGCGCAGCAGCAGCAGCGAUGCGGUGAUGAAUGGCGAUGCAUCCGUCUGUUCGUUUCAUUGAGUGAAAAUGCGACUUUGCUAUGUGAGGUGAAAUGUGUUUAGGUUUGACAAGUGUGUGCGGUGGUUAUUUCUGCGCCGCUCCAGAUGUGUUGUUGGCUCGCCUUCAUCGCUGUGGGCUCUCAAGAGGAUAGGCCUAAAUCGUGGACAAGCCACCCUAGGUCCCCUCGGUUUCAUAAUGGCUGCAAAUAGAAACCGAGCUACUCAACACAAAAAUAUAUCAUCAAUUUUGUCCAAACUGCAUGGAGCAUUUGCUGACGCGAUGGCGCCGCCCAAAUUAGCGACGGACAAGAGAACUUUAGACAAAACAUGGAAACUUAUGGACAAAGUGGUGAAACUCUGUCAACAUCAGAAAAUGAACCUCAAGAACUCUCCUCCUUUCAUUUUGGACAUUUUACCGGAUACGUACCAACGUCUUAGAUUAAUUUAUUCCAAAUAUGAAGAUAAGAUGAUUGUGCUUCACAGCAACGAGCACUUUAAUGUGUUUAUUGUAAAUCUGAUGAGAAAAUGCAAACAGGCCAUCAAGCUGUUCAAGGAAGGAAAAGACAAAAUGUUUGAUGAGAACUCACAUUACAGAAGAAAUUUAACUAAACUGAGUCUUGUGUUCAGUCAUAUGUUGAGCGAGCUAAAAGCAAUAUUCCCCAGUGGAACAUUUGCUGGAGAUCAGUUCCGAAUCACAAAAAGUGAUGCUGCAGAUUUUUGGAAAAACAACUUUGGUAACAGUACUCUUGUUCCAUGGAAAAUUUUCCGGCAAGCAUUAAAUGAAGUGCAUUCCAUCAGUUCUGGAUUAGAAGCCAUGGCACUAAAAUCUACCAUUGACCUAACUUGUAAUGAUUAUAUCUCAAAUUUUGAGUUUGAUGUAUUCACAAGACUUUUCCAGCCUUGGACAACUCUGCUCAGGAAUUGGCAGAUCCUGGCAGUUACUCAUCCAGGUUAUGUUGCAUUCCUUACCUAUGACGAGGUCAAAGCACGGCUUCAGAAAUACAUUAACAAACCCGGAAGCUAUGUUUUCCGAUUGAGCUGCACAAGGCUAGGGCAGUGGGCAAUUGGAUAUGUCACAGCAGAUGGGGACAUUUUACAAACUAUUCCUCAAAAUAAAUCUCUCUGUCAAGCGCUACUUGAUGGGUACAGGGAGGGUUUUUACCUUUAUCCGGAUGGUCGGAAUGUCAACCCUGAUCUAUCUUGGGCCGUUCAACCUACUCCUGAGGACCACAUCGCUGUUACUCAAGAGCAAUAUGAACUCUAUUGUGAAAUGGGCUCCACAUUCCAACUGUGCAAAAUUUGUGCAGAAAAUGACAAAGAUAUUCGCAUAGAGCCUUGCGGGCACUUACUUUGCACACCAUGUCUAACAUCAUGGCAGGAUUCUGAGGGUCAGGGUUGCCCAUUUUGCCGAGCAGAGAUUAAAGGCACUGAACAAAUUGUUGUAGACCCAUUUGACCCGAAACGACAGCAUAAGGCUAGUUCUCUACAACAAGUUGUCGACCUUGACGAUGACGAUGGCGAUACUUCAGAAUAGCAUAUAGCCUCCGCUGCCGCCUUAAUAGAUUCCACCUCAUCCGCUUCUUCUUCUCCUGUACCACCACCAAGGCCUCCAAGAACUGAUACACCUCCGUGUCCACCGCGGCCUCCCAGGUAUGGGCGGCCACCAAGACCUCCUCGACCACCUAGACCACUUCUGCCUAAAUCAUGAAACUUUUAUAGGAGUUGUGUUGUCAGUGUUCUUCUUCUGGUGGCCUUAAAUGGAAGCAAUAAUAUUUAGUGGUGGUUGGUUCUUUGUUUAGCAGUAUCAGUGUUGUGUUCACUUCCAAGCUUACCUUGUGCAGUUUAGUACCAGGCUGGGCCUGGUAUUUCUUGUUGUUUGAUUUCCAUUUUAUUGCUAGGCUGGUCCUGGCUAUGCUGCUUCAUAUGAUAAAUGUUGAUGUUGAUUCCCUUUUUAGUAGACUUAUCAAGUAUAUAUUUUUAAUAUUGACAGAAGUGGAAUAUUCUAAAUAACAAUGGUUCAAAUUGCAAUAGGUAGGCUUGGACUGAACUUUGGUUAGUAUUUACUCUUAGCUCUUCGGUGUUAACUGGAAUGCUGAAGACCUAUAUGUUUUCUUACAUUUCAUUCGCAUCCAUACUUGAAUGGCUAUAAACCAUUUCAGUUCCUAUCAGUACCAAUUUGGUUGGACAUCACUGACUCAUAUCAUUCAAAUCUAAUCAUAAUUCUGUUCUCAGCAUGUCUGCAUUUUCAGUCAUAUUUGUUAUGGACUUGAGGAUCUAAGUUUCAUCAUUGGUCAUAAUCCUCUAACCUUGACUGUGAAAAAUGUUUAUUUAGUUUGCUGCAUUUCUUUUCACUUAUUUCAUUUUUGUUGUUGCUGAUUACACUGAAGUUUGCACUAGGUGAAACAGUUCUUCCAUCGUCUGAAGUGUAUGAGCUUGUAUUGUUUGUAAACAUUAUCAUCCGCAACUGUAUCUAUUUAAAUGCACACUAGUUGCUUAAAUUGUGUAUAAUUAUAUUGAUUCAUGCUUUUAUAUAUAUGUAUACAUAUUUAUAAUUUCUCUUUAUUUCCUCUUAAAAUGUUAAUCUCAUCCUCAAAUUGAAAUGAAAUAAGAAAGCAGAUUAUCUCAGUUUGACUGAGUCAGCAAAUGUUCCUCCGAGGUGUAAUUUCAUAGGGUGGUAGCGGCAGCGGUCCAGAACGACACAUUCCUUUCAGUUGACUGACCUUCAACUGUUUGGUAUGAUUUUUAAAGUGUUCUGUGCUAAAAUUGUGUGAUAGCAAGACUCAAAAGACAUUGUUCAUAGUUUGUUGUAACCUGAAUUUCAUUGAAGAUCAAGACAUAUAUCUUUGAUGUUAUGUGAAUUCUACUUCAUGAAGUGAACUGAGUGUGGUAUUGAGUGUUGUACCUGUUUUUCAUGCUUAUAUUUCUGACACAUGUUAUGUUGUCGGAGUUGUAAUUUGUUAACGUAUGGAAACAAGUUUAAAUACUUGCAAUAGUGGAGUAAUUUAGUUUAAUGCGCUCUCUGUCUGGAACCUAAUCAUCAGGGUUUCCGCGAGUAGUUACUUCCCCUUUGUAAAAAUUUAGUAUUUUAUUUUUCAGACUUUUUGAAGGAAACGUUUUACAAGUUCUUAAUUCUGAUCAAAUUUAUAGUAGAGCUACUUAUCUUCUAUUUUAUGGAUUCAAUAUGGAUCCACGGCGGCUCACUUUUCUCCUACUUUGUGGAUCUAACAUGGGUCCAUGGCAGCUCAUUAAAAGCGCUAGCAAAAUCAAUCAAUUGUUUUAAUGUAUAUUUACUUGUGAGUUUUAUUUUUUUUUUUUUGUUACGUUUCUUUUAGUUUUAUGAGAAUUUUUAUCAUGUGUUGGCUGUGGUAUAAUUCAUAUAAAGAUGAAAUGGAAUAAGAAUGCCCUUUAUUCAAGUCCCUCGUUGCUCUUGCCAUUUAAUUGUUCUUUCAUGUUGCUCAUAGCUCCAUUAGAAAUUUCUCUGUAGACUCUCUUCUCUGAUCGUCUUUACUUGAAUGCCACUGCUAGCCCUGCCUUUUGUCAGAUAAAGCCAGGAACAUAUUGGAAAGAAGAACAUGUUUCAGGCAGUGUAUUCUUCAAUGCGCUUGUAUGUUCCUCAUGUUAUUUGUUAAAUUAUGCCCUUAGCUGUUCUAUAAAUUCAUAUUUUUAUGCAAAUUCUGUACAUGUAUUUUUUAUCUGUUAAAUAUGUUUCUUACUCAUAAAUCUUAUAAAUGACCAAAGAGCGGUUGUUGUUACUGCAUUUGCAUGGAUGACUUUCAUUUCUGUACGUUCUGUUAACUAAGGUUCAAAAUUUCUCAAAUGACUACAUUGCAAAGGUGAAAUUCUUCUCAAACAGAGCUUCAGUUAUGUUUCAGGAUGUAGCAAAGUUCAGCUCUGGUAUUUACUUUGUCCUUUUGUUGUUGACUUUCGAUAAAGAUGUCAUUUUCUGACUCUUUGUCUUGUUGGGCCUUUGCAUAGACUGUAUCAAGAACUUCUUUCCUGAAUCCUCUGAAGUUUGUUAUUAAUAAUUAAUCCCAAUGCUACUUGCUUCGGUUUUAUUAUGGAAGAUGCAUGUUUUUGUGUGUAAUAAUUUUGUAGAGAAUCUUGCAAGUAGAUAACAAGCCACUGCUUAAUAUGCAAGGUUUCGGCAUUCUGAAUAAUGUUAUAAUUAAAUGCCCCCCUUCACCACCCUCCGUGAUUGGAGAGUGACGUCGGCUAAAGUUUCUCAAAUUGUGGCAUUUAUCUGAAAAGACUUACUUUAACUUUGAAUUUGUCAUAGCAUAACAAAGUGACAGUGCUUCAAACCAUUUGCCACAGGUAAAUUGAUUUUUAUUUUUUUGAUCAUUUCAGCAUCUUGCCUGUUUCUAAAUCGUAAUCAAAAUGUGUAGACUGGGAAGAAGGAUUGUAUCUUCUGGAAUGGACUCUGCUAGUUCUGUUACUUUUGAUGGAUUUGUGUGACUUCAGGUCUUCCAAUGUGUCUGAGACUGAUAAGCUUGCUAGCAAUAUUUAUGCUGCCAUUUAAAUCAAAUUUGUGUUGGAAUUAGUUUAUAGAGACUACAAUGCCUUGCUAAAUUUUUUUAGUACUUCAUUGUUAAUAAUUUAUUUUACUUCCAUUUGUUGAAAACUUAACUGCUUCAUUUUGCUUUAGUAAUUCUUUAUGAAUAAUCUGCUGAUUCUUAACUCUUGAUUACCUUAUCAUAUCAUGAUCCAUCCUUUAUUCAUAUUUAUAAAACCAUGUAAUCCUCAUAGCAUUUAAAAUCCCUCUCAUACCCAAACAAGUAACUGCAGUCCUAUCAUUUCAUCCAUAGACAUCUUGAAUCAACUGAUGUACAACUGCGCAAUUUUAUCACAUCUUCCUUGUAAGACCAGUAGCAUUUAAUCAAGUUUUUCAACAAACGCUCUGUUUGUCCUGUUAGAGCCCUUAAUCCUAAGUAAAUUUCACGUCACACCAAUUUUCACCUUCCCAAAUUCUCUAUUUUACGUAUUAAAAAGCUCCAAAGGUGCACUCAGCAAGGUGGAUUUGUUCUGCAUGGCUCCAACAUUAUCACUUGCAAUGGUACCUGUAAAAUAACAGUUAAGAUAACUGGCAUCAUUCAAUCCAAGACAAUGCUGAAUCUCAGUACAUUUAAACUACACACUGAAAAUAUAUGUCCAUUUGGUACAUUUUGUCAUCUAAUUUAUCAUUUAAUUCAGUGGAAGAAAAGAAACACCUAAAAGAGAUGAACUACUGUAAACUAGUGGGCCUAAGUUAAACGUUGGGAUUCUGUUUUGCUUUUAGCCAGAAAUUUGUGAUGAAAUGGGACCAAGGUAAUACUUUACCAAUUUGCCAAUCAGCAUCUUAUUUUUGCAUCACUCACUAUUUGUUUUCAAAGCUUUUCACAUCGGCCUCUCACUCAAAUUCUAAUAGCUUCAUUAAUCUUAAUGAAACUGAAUUUGAGGCUCUAAUUUUCUCAGAACAGUUUCUGAGAACUGUUGUAUGCCCUAAACUUGCCUUUUGCUCAGGUCUUGGUUCAGAGUAUGAAGGAACACAAAUAUGUAAGCUAAGUUUCACUCUUGUUAGCAUCGUGUCCACACGCCUGUGCCCUGCUGACUGCACCUUUUCUUGGUAAAGUGACAAUGGCAACGUCACCCGUGCCAAAUAGCUGUAUAUAUUCAAACUAGAUUAGAAAUAGACUCUGUAUUCUUUCCUUGUAAGUCUUAAGAGAUCCUCAUGCAAAUGUGAGAAUCAUUUGGAUGGUGAUUGUAGAUAUUUUAAAAAAAAGUGUAGAUAAAGUUUAUUUAUUUUUUGUGAUGUGUGAAUAGAUUCUUUUCCUAAUCUUAUUUCAUUGCAGUGUGUUAGCCAAUAAAAUAUUUUGCAUUUGUACUUGGUCAAACUAUGGGUACCUAACACUGUAAUUAAUCCAAUAGUACAGAUGCAAACAAACAUCUUGUUUAUAGUAAUAAUAUUAAUACAGCUUUAUAAUGCAUACAAUGUGGCUUUGUGGAAACAAACUGUUCAUGAAUUAUGUGAAGCGUUCUUCGUUUUCCAAUAUUGGAUGAAUUCUUUCAUAUGUUUUGUGAUUGUGCAUAAAUUUAUAUUAGUUUUUUCCUGUGUUCAGUGAACUUUGGUGCCUUGCAUGAGUUGCAUUUUCCCUUUAAAAUUGAAUAUUCUAAGUCUAA